UACAUCUCUCGCUAUCAAAAAUAUUCCGUAGUUGUUAAAAUAAACGAAAUUUUUGAGUAAUUAUUGACAAAUUAUAUAAUCAAGUCUCGAAUAAGUCUGGCAAAUUAUAACUGGCAUUAUUAUAGUCUCGCACCGGAAUGUGAAUAUGACGGACGGAUUAACAGGAUGAGUAAAAGAUCUAGUCGGAAAAAACCGUUUGACGUAUUUUAUUUGUAAAAUUUAUUAGGAGAUACUCCAAGUGAAAAAUAUUCUAAAUGGACAACAUAACACAAUGGUGACAUAACAAGAUGAUGCCGCUGGUCGCAUAUCUUUCAUUUUUCAAUGAAACAAGUGCAGUUCUGUCGAGCGCGUUGAAGUGUUUGCUUCUCGGUACCUCUUCCUUAUUUAUAUUGUUUUAUCUUUAUUUUAUCUUUGUUUUAUCGAUUUUACAUUAGGUCAGUCUACAGAAUUGCAGUAAUAUAUCGCGGGCACGAUAGCGCGCGAUUAGACGAUCUAAAUUUCUAAUCGUAUGGGGAAACAAAUAUGUACAAUAUGGAAUCGCGUCCGUUGUCCGGUGAAGAGAAGCUUAUAGAAAAAUCUGUAGAUUUUCACUCAAACAGCGAUACUCACAAUCAGAUAAUAGCAUCGCAGAGAUAUCAUCCUAACAUUGUUGAAUGCGAAAGCUUAUUGAUAAAUAAACAUAAAAAUAAUGACUCUAUUGCGAUUACGAUUAAAAAAACAGGAACAGGACAAACUGAAAAAUAUAAGAAUGAUAAAACAGUAUCAAAUGUCAACGAGAUUUUGCAAAAUAAUUCAAAGGGAGACAAUACUCACGUAUGCAAUGAAAAAACUCAAGUCCUUAAAGAAGUUACCAAACCGACGAAAAAAUCAUCGGAAAAAUCAAAAACGAAACGAACCUUUUCUUUACUCGAUCCAUUAAUUUCUGUGAGUAUACUCGGUCCUUCAGCGAUCGCCGUUUGGAGAGGAGUCUGGGGAUAUAUGGAUCUUCAUACGGAAUUGUUUCCCGGCUGGUUUUGUUUCUUGUUCGGCACUGCAUUACACAUAACAUUCGCAAUUUUCAAAUCUCGAUUUCAUGAUACUUACACGGACAAAUGGAUUGAAUUAAAUUGGCUAAAGCGACUGCCUUAUCGCGCCUUACGAAUUUUAUAUACUUAUACUUUCGGAGUAGCGUGCAUCACACAUUGGCGGGGUGGCUGGAUCAUCAUCGAUCAUUUUCUAUUUACGCAUUUAUGGAUAACAGCGACUUCGACAUGUUUGCUGAUGGCUUGCUUGGCGAUUCUACGUUGCAUUCGGAAUUUGAUAGCAACCCCAAUGAUAAUCAUCAUCGAUGUACCGAGUUGUGUAUUUCAAUUUCCUACGAGAUAUAACGUGAUUCAUGUAACAAACACGCCGUUAAUUGCAAAAAUAGCUAUAUAUAUGGUUAGAUAUGAUAACACGUUUAGGUAUGUAUAAUAAUAAAAAAUGUAUACACAUAUCAAAGAGAGCAUGAAGUUGUUUAAAUUAAUAAGCUAAAAAUAGUAAAAACUGCUUUACAUCGCUAUACAACAAUUAUUAUACACCAAAAAGAACAUUAGAUAUAUAAAUUUUAUAAGAAAUUUCAUGUUUUUUCGUUGACGAUUAUAGAACUACUGAUGUGUAAAAUGCAUAGCGAUUUAAGAGGCUGUAAUCGGGCUUUCUGUCUAUAUUUUCUCAUAUAAUUUCGUUGUCACAAUCUCUCUUACAUCGGCUUUGACCAUCGUAUGCGCUUCGUGGUAGUCGCGUCUUUGAUUAUCGCCUGAAGAGCCGCUGACCCUGUGCUCAAUUGUCAAAUGGCGUUUAACGCGAUUAUACAAUACACAUGUCUACUUUGAAAGCCUGUAAUUUGUAAAUGGAACUACACAUUGCACGUAAUGCUCAUUUUUUACACGUACAAUCGUAUUUUCUCAACUGUUAUCGAGGAUUACGCUAUUCUAUUAUCAUAGUGCAUACAUUCAUGUAUCAGUAUAUAAUACAUAUACAUCCUUCGAAAUAACGAAACCAU